CUUCUUAUAGUUAUGAUUAAAUACGCAUUCCAAGUUGAAUUAAGUUUUUUUCCGAAUUGAAUAUAAUUUUACAAUGAUAAUUUAAUUUAUUGAAUAAAUUUUAGUUAAGAAUACGGGACAGUCAAAAAUUAUUUCCUCCACGGAAUCGAAUUCUAUCGAUUUUGAAGAGCAGUCACAAAAAUGCCUGUAAUUUGUAUCUUAUUUUAAUGGCAAAUGGAAUGCAACUUUCGAAAUUACUUCAAUUUGCCGAGGAAAAUCGUCUCAUUGACACUAGAGCAAUGUUUAUAAUGAUGAACGAUUAUCGAUUGUUGACACCAAAUAUGCAAUAUCUUUGGAAUCGGAUUAUAAAUGUGAUUUUUAUAAAGCGUUAUAAUGUCUUCAAAAGACGUUCCGGUGAGCAAGUAACACGUGAAUGGUACGAUUUAAAUACAAUUUAUUAUCCUGCCACCGUUAAAGGACUUGUUGUGACAAAAUACAUUGACUCUUGGUAUCGUCGUCGAUUUCGCUACAACAUUGAUCAUUUUCCACAAAAAACACAAAAUUUAAGAGGCAAACGUUUAAGAGUAGCUGUUUUUCAACAUAUACCAGCAGUGACAGAAAUUGCCGUAAAAUAUUUUAAAACUCCUUUCAAGAAAACAUCACAUGCCUUGGGAUUGGAAUUUGAGCUCAUGAGAAUAAUUGCUGAAUCGAUAAAUUUUCGAGCAAUAUUUUACGAGCCGAAUAAUAUAAGCGUUGAGAAAUGGGGUAGAAUUGGAGAAAACGAGACAACUGGAUUAUUAGGUGAAGCUGUCGAUAGAAAAGCUGCAUUUUAUCUCGGCGAUUUACAUUACACGUCACGUCAUUUAAAUAUCGUGGAUUUAGCCUGGCCUUAUAAUAUCGAAUGCCUAACGUUCUUGACGCCCGAAUCGCUCACUGAAAACUCAUGGAAAUUACUAAUUCAGCCCUUCGAUUUAUAUUCAUGGAUUCUGGUGUUACUAACGCUGAUAAUUGGAGGAAUUGUAAUUUUUCUCGUCUCCAUCUUCUACGAGAGAUCAAUGAUUUUUUGGAAAAUUGGAAAUAACGAUAUUGAGGAGACAAAGAAAUUAAUUAGAACUGUUGAUUCGAAGAGUAAGAAGAGAAACGAAUUAAGAGAGAAAUUCAAGGACGAAACGGAAGGACUUUAUUUGUUCAGUGAACUUACAAAUAGUAUGUUGUAUACUUAUAGUAUGUUGUUGCAAGUUUCAUUGCCAAUGCUGCCGAGAGUAUUUGCAGUAAGAAUUUUAAUUGGAUGGUGGUGGAUUUAUACUAUUUUGAUUACUUGUUCUUAUCGCGCAAGUUUAACUGCCGCCCUUGCGAAUCCCACUCUCAGAGUGACGAUAGAUACGAUAGAAGAAUUAUCGAAUAGUCCAAUAGGAGUUGGCAGUUGGGGUGAAGAGAAGAAAGAUUAUUUUCUCUCGUCUGGCGAUGAAAAUCUGCAAAAAAUUGGAAGUCGCUUUGAAGAGAUUACUGAUGAGAAUAAAGUUAUUGAUCGUGUGGCAAAAGGAAGAUUCAGCUAUUAUGAGAAUAUAUUUGUAUUGCAACAAGUUCGAGUGAAACGACAAAUUCUUGAAUAUGACCUAAAAAGAAAUGCUGCAAGGGAAAAUAGUGGAAAUUUUGCCGCCGAACGAAAUUUACAUGUCAUGGAGGAAUGUGUUGUUAAUAUGCCAGUGUCAAUUGGAUUAGAUAAGAAUUCACCUUUGAAACCUUGCGUUGAUGAACUGUUAAAACGAGCUAUUGAAGUUGGACUGGUACAAAAAUGGUUAAAGGACGCAAUGGAAUGGUCGAAAAUUGUUGAGAUGAGGCAAGAAAAUGAAGCCGAGAAAGCUACGGCAAAUUUACGGAAAUUACAAGGUGCUUUAGUCGUAUUGGCUGUUGGAUAUUCUUUGGGUUUUCUCGCAUUAUUCGCAGAAAUUUUGCACUGGAAAUACAUUGUCACGAGGAAUCCUUUAUUCGAUAAGUAUCAUUUGGAUUUAUUUUACAAAGAUAAAUUUUAAUUUUAUUUUUUGUUUCUUUAAUUACCAAUGAUAUUUUAAUAUUAAUAAAGUAAUCAUUACCGUUCUUCGAUAUUUAAUAAUUAAAAAUAA